AUGGUUGGCGGGGCCUGGUGCGCGCCGCGGCCUUGCAGCCACGUGUUUCGAACGGUACUGGCUGGCUACGCGCCAGACGACACUAGGACGCAGUCGUCCUGUGCUUUUUCGAGCACGAGUUUCCAAUCGAUAAGAGAAGAGGAUGAGCUUGGGGCGAACCCAGCGCCUAAGGACGGAAUAACAUGGGCGGUCGCGUCCAGUCCGUCAAGUGGGGAAUAG